CAAUGGCCGGCCAUUCAACUUAGUUGCGGCGGUAUGACGCCGACCGGCCGUGUUCGUGUGUCUUCUUCUAGAUCUCUCACGCUAGCUGUCGAAAAUAUAUGUACAGGUUCUUUCUCUUCAAGACCAGAAGAACCACCCCCGAUACGACAUGCUGACUGUCCCCGCAGGUUAUCCUAUAGAAAAACUGUCUGGACCUCUGAUCGUCGCCUGUUUCUUACACUGGGGACUCUUUGGGACUCUUUCUCUGCAGUUGUAUCUGUACUAUCUAGCAUUUCCGAAGGACAAGAGAUCUACAAAAUGUCUCGUCUAUGGUAUCAACAUUGUCGAGUUUGGUCAGACAGUGAUUGUCACCCACGACGCCUUUACUGUGUUCGGUUACGGCUUUGGUGAUGUGGAGAUCCUUACUGACAUGCAUUCUAAUCGGCUCACUGUUCCCGUCAUGAGCGCUGUUGCUGCUUGUGUGGGACAGGUCUUCUAUGCGUACCGUAUUUUCAUAUUGUCGAAGUCUCAGACCGUCCCUAUACUCAUCGCCUGUUUAUCCUUGACCAGUUCUGUGGCAGGUAUAAUCACAGGUGUCUACUCUUUCGAAGCAGGCAACAUCACUAAACUCAAUAAUCAGAAGACGUCCAUCGCCGUCGGGAUUGUGUGUGGAGUGUCUGCCCUGUGUGACAUCAUCAUCGCUUUCUGCAUGACUUACUACCUUAUGCGCUGCGAUAUCGGUUCCCGUCAGACCCGAAUCCUAGUCACAAAGCUAAUUCGUCUCACUAUUGAAAUGGGAUCCGUGACAGCUGUUAUCACUCUGCUUAACCUUGUCCUCUUUUUUGCCUUCCCUCAUCAGACCUUCUAUGGGACGCCUGCCUUGAUCAUGCCCAAGCUGUAUGCUAAUACCGUCUUCAUGGUGCUGAACUCACGAAUCAGAAUUAUGAGUGGACGGGAUACCUAUGCGUCUUCAACUGAUGAGCUUCACGAUCGCUAUGAUACUAGAUACCAACUCCCAGUCAACUCAAGGCACAUGGCGGAGGACAUCGGUGGUCGCGACAUCUAAAGGGGUAUUCAAUGACAAUUUCGAAAUGGGACAUAUGAAUGACAAACCACCCGAUGACAGCAUGAGCUUCAGUGCGUAGCUGUUAGUAUAAAUCCUUUGAGCCGAU